AUGGAAUACGGCCGGCCGACGUGCUACGGUGCACUUGCUGCUGGAGAAGGUCACCCGCCUACAGACAGCGUCCAAGCGCCCCACACGCCUCAGUGCAGUCGGCCCGCUGCAGCCGGCGACCAAGACCAGAGCAAGAAUAAAGAGCCGCCGCUGGAGGUCAAGGAAAGCCCCGAGUACAGCUUCAUCACACGAGACAAUGUGUUUGGCGUGCGUCUGCUGAAGAACACGUCAGGUCUGGGCUUCAGUUUCAGUCGGGAGGAGAGCAUCCCGGAGGAGUCCCCCGGGUCCAGCAUGGUGCGGGUCAAAAAGCUGUUUCCUGGCCAGCCGGCUGCGGAGAGCGGGCGCAUCAACGUGGGCGACGUCAUCAUGCGGGUCAAUCGGACCCCCCUCAAAGGACUCUCGCAACAUGAGGUGAUAUCCGCCCUGAGAGGAACAGGACAGGAGGUGACUCUGCUCCUCUGUAGACCCGAGUACGGGGUUCUCCCUGAAAUGGACACUUCAGCUUUGACGCCCAUGCCGUCCCCACGAAAGCAGCCGGUGACCCAGGUGGAGUCCAGCCUGAGCCGGCAGGGCAAAGUCUCCUCCGAGUCGCAGGGCAGCAAGAGUCAGGUCCUCAUGGAGGACGCCCUGGAGAGGAUGCUGCUCAAAUCCCCCGGCCGACACAACAGCUACAGCGACAGCACCGACGGGGAUGAGGAGGUGGAGGAAGCCUUCAGCGCCAGCCCGGAGGAGCACAGCAGGCACACCUGGGAGCAGAGUGUCUACCACACCCCCGGCAGCAACCUGGGGCUGGGUCGCUACGACAGCACCGGUCAACUGGACGACACCGUCAACUCGGCCUUCUACUCCCCAAACCUGUCGCUGACCAGCUCGGACCACAGCAAGAGGUUUGCUCCAUCCCCCGUGGCAGCUGAUCUGGAGUCAUCCAUCCUGCAUAUGGUGUCCUCCCCCACCGCCCCAAGCCCGGAUCCCCUCACCCACUGCCUCUGCCGAGGUGGAGCUCAGGGUCUCGUUGGUGAAGUCGGAAAGGGCAGCCUGGGCUUCACCCUCACAAAAGGUAACGACCACGGAUGUUACAUCCACGACAUCGUGCAGGAUCCAGCCAAAGGAGACGGAACCCUGAGGCCCGGGGACCGGAUGAUUACGUGGUCAACCUUGUCUUGUGGCGCCUCGCGUGGUCGACUUGGUGGUAGGGAGAGUCCUGGAGGCCCCAAGCCCCCCAUAGAAGCCCAUCUGCUGCCUGACAUCGGCUUCAAGGGCAGUCAAGAACCACUGGGUUUGGUGCUGGAUGGCGGCUGUGACAGUAUAUAUGACGCCUUGUUUGUGAGGGACGUCGUUCCCGGUUCACUGGCCUUCGAGGAGGGCAGCCUGAGAACACUCGAUCUAAUCCACUACAUCAACGGAGCUCCCACGCAGGAGCUGACUCUCAGUGAGAGCAGCAGACUGAUGGACCUGUCGCUCGACGACCUCACACUCAAAGCCACGAGGGAUGGAAAGCCCGUUUCCCCCGGGCAGAAGAGUGUCUCUUUUCUUAAUAACAACGUUAGCCCCAAAGUUUCAUCCAGCAUGAAUGGGUUUCUUAAAGAAGAAGAUCCAAGCGAUACAGAGAGUCUAGCAGCAAUUUGUCCUUCAGGGGAGGAGAUCAUACAUCUGGACCUGGAGAAGCUGCAGGCCGGAGGUCUGGGGUUCUCUGUGAUUGGAGGAGAGAGGGGGAUCUUUGUGAAGUCCAUCACCCCGGGAGGACUAGCAGAGACCUCCAGGGAACUGCAAGUGGGAGACCGGCUGCUGAAAGUGAAUGAGGAACUCAUGACCGGCGUGUCCCACACCAAAGCCGUCACCACCAUCCGUAAAGCUAAAGGCCCGGUGCAUCUCAUCGUGUCCAGACCGCCCGACCAGAACCCAAACACACAUGGCCUAUCUGCCCAUCAACUCGGACAAGUGCAAUGGAAACACAGGCAAGAGACGCAGAACGUGGAAUCUGUUUAUGUGAGUGAGGACAGUGGAGCAAAGACUCUGUUUCCUCUCCGUAAUGAGCUGAAACCCGGCAGCUGCCCUGUUCUACCACCAAUAGACUAUGAAGAGGAUCCACUCGGACACAAGAGAGAGAAGCAGCACAGCGCAGAGCUUUCCGAGGACACCGACUGCGACGGCUCUUCUUUACCCGAAGACUCCCCUGAGAGUUCCGUGGAAGUGGAAGACGAUCCGAGGAAUGAAAACUAUCUGCAAAUGAGUGUUGGACAGCAGGAGGAAGAUGAGAUCACGUGGGGGAGUGAUGAGCUGCCAAUUGAAAACAUGAACUCUGAAUCGAGAGACGACGAGCCAAUCAUCACCGAGGAUGAGCUGACCUCUUUGCCCCUCAUCAAGGUGGUCCCCGCUGGCCAGUACACGGGCCCGCAGCUCAACACUGUGGUCCGCAUGAUGAGGGGCCUUCUGGAGCAGAAGGUCCCGCUGCAGGAGUUCGAUAAUCUUCAGAACCUCCAGCCGCUGGACGACUGUUUGAUCGGUCAGACGAAGGAGAACAAGAAGAAGAACCGCUACAAGAACAUCGUUCCCUUCGACACGACUCGAGUUGUGCUGGGCCGAGACGGCUACAUCAACGCCAACUUCAUCAACAUGUCCGUGAAGGAGGAGAACUACAUGUACAUCGCAUGUCAGGGGCCCUUACCCACGACUCUGGGGGACUUUUGGCAAAUGGUCUGGGAGCAGAAGUCCAACGUCAUCGCCAUGAUGACCCAGGAAGUCGAGGGCGGGAAGGUGAAAUGUCAGCGGUACUGGCCGGACACGCCGAGGACGGCGGAGAUGGUGGACGACCGGUUGCAGAUCACGCUGAUCAAAGACCAAUACCUCGACAACUUCGUCAUCCGACUCAUUGAAGUCAAAGAUGUCCAGACCAAUGAGAUACAGCACGUGACUCAUCUGAACUACACGGGCUGGCCGGACCACGGGACGCCCGAGCAGCCCGAGCAGCUGCUCACCUUCAUUUCCUACAUGAGGCACGUCCACCGAUCGGGGCCCAUCGUCUCCCACUGCAGCGGCAUCGGCCGAUCGGGAACCCUCAUCUGUAUCGCCGUGGUCCUGGGUCUCAUCAGUAAAGACGCCGAUUUUGACCUUUCAGAUGUGGUUAGGAACAUGAGGCUUCAGAGGCAGGGAAUGAUCCAGACAGAGGAGCAAUAUGUGUUCUGCUAUCAAGUGAUCCUGUACGUCCUCAGAUGCCUUCAAGCGGAGGAAAACAUCUCUGGAUAGUAGCCGUCGUAAAGAGACUGAGUCACACAGAUCAAAACAAAAGUGGAGGAGCGUUAACACCGGCAGAAAUUGCCAAAUUACAUUCCAUGUUUUUUUUAAAUGCCUUAAAAUAUCCAGUUCCUUGAGAGUACAUCCUUUUAAAGAAGUCUAUAUUUUUAUGUUUUCUUUUUGAGUGCUCUCUCCCUCUAUCUUUCUCUCUUUCUCGCUCUCAUUGGCUGCUACUACUUUUCAAUGCAUUUAUGAGAACUGCUGAUUGUAUUUUCUUAUUGUCCCCUACAAGAGAACACUAAUAUUUUCUUCUUUUUUUUCACAAAUUCUUGGAUAUUUUAAAAAUAGUAAUGAAAGUGAUAAAUGAUUUCAUAUAUUAUGUGGAACAAAACUGUACUUGUGUAUUUUGAAUCCUACUUUGAUGCUGGAAUAUGCCUUGACAGAAUACUAUGUCAGUAUUUGCUUUGUAAAUCUAUUAUACAGUAAUUGCUUACUGCCUGAGGUAAAUGAUGACAUUAAAAGUGUACAUAUUCAUCUCCUGAAAAUUAAACUGCCUACAUUUUAAGUGGAA